CAAAAGAUCGUGGAACGUUUUGAAAAUCAAAUUAUGGCGGGUUUUCCGGGAAGCAUCGCUUUUGACGAAUAUGGCAGACCUUUUAUUAUAAUCAAAGACCAAGACAAACAAAAACGAUUGACCGGAAUCGAUGCACUGAAAUCUCAUAUUUUGGCCGCCAGACAAAUUGCUAACACUAUUAGGACAUCCUUGGGCCCUAAGGGUUUGGAUAAAAUGAUGGUUUCGCCGGAUGGUGAAGUAACCGUGACCAAUGAUGGGGCGACAAUCUUAAAAAUGAUGGACAUUGAACAUGAAAUUGGCAAACUUUUGGUAGAACUGUCUCAGUCGCAAGAUGAUGAAAUUGGUGAUGGCACUACCGGGGUUGUAGUACUUGCUGGCGCCUUGCUGGAGCAGGCAGCCACAUUAGUAGACAGGGGCAUUCAUCCUAUAAGGAUAGCAGAUGGUUUCGAAAUGGCAUGCGACACUGCAGUAAAGCACUUGGAAAAGAUCGCUGAGAUGUUCCCAGUGUCAGACAAAAACCCUGAGCCACUGGUAAAAGUGGCCAUGACCACCCUCGGGUCGAAAAUUAUCAACAAGUGCCAUCGGCAAAUGGCUGAAAUUGCAGUAAAUGCAGUAUUGGCAGUCGCCGACUUGCCCCACAAAGACGUCAACUUUGAGUUGAUUAAAGUUGAAGGGAAGGUUGGAGGAAAGCUGGAGGACACUGUGUUAGUAAAAGGAGUGGUUAUCGACAAGACGGUAUCGCACUCACAGAUGCCGAAAGUUCUAAAAGAUGUCAAACUGGCUAUUCUGACUUGUCCCUUUGAACCCCCAAAACCUAAAACCACUCACAAGUUAGACGUAAAAGAUGUUGCCGGUUACAAGGAAUUAAGGCAGUACGAGCAGGACAAAUUCCGAGAAAUGGUUAGCCUCGUGAAAAACGCAGGCGCUACCCUGGCUAUAUGCCAGUGGGGUUUUGACGAUGAAGCCAACCACCUAUUGCUGCAGCAGGAGCUGCCGGCUGUUAGGUGGGUUGGGGGGCCCGAAAUCGAGCUCAUAGCGAUAGCGACCGGAGGUCGCAUAGUGCCGCGGUUUGAAGAGCUCAGUCCUGAAAAACUGGGUCACGCUGGACUGGUGAGGGAGCUGACGUUUGGCACAACAAGCGAUCGAAUGCUGGUGAUCGAAGAUUGCUCCAACUCGAGGGCGGUGACGAUCUUAGUGCGCGGCGGUAACAAAAUGUUGGUGGAGGAAGCGAAACGGAGCCUGCACGAUGCUUUGUGUGUUGUGACGAGCUUGGUACAGGAACCCAGGGUCGUUUACGGGGGUGGCGCAGCUGAAGUGGCGUGCAGCCUGGCGGUGGCAUCGCAGGCCGAUCAACUUGCAUCACUUGAGCAGUACGCGUACCGGGCGUUCGCUGAAGCUUUGGAGAGCAUUCCGCUAGCGCUGGCGGAAAAUAGCGGUCUAUCGGCCAUCCACGCGCUCGGUGAAGUCAAAGCGAAACAGUCGUCCAGUGGUGAUCCGGCUCUUGGAAUCGAUUGCAUGUUCACUGGUAACAUAAAUAUGCGCGAGCAGCACGUAAUCGAAUCUCUUCGCUCGAAGCGGCAGCAGUUUUUGCUGGCCACGCAGCUCGUGAAGAUGAUAUUGAAGAUCGACGACGUCCGCCAACCAAACGACUCCCAAGGGUUUUAAAUACUAUUUAUUCCGCCGUAACAUAUUUUGUUUUUAAUAAUAUUUCUCAUCCGCGCAGAUUUCUUACAUUCUUAUGCAUAAAGCAUUAAAACCAUCUAACCUUUAAACCUUUGUUUUAUU